ACUCAACCUGACUACCCAAUCUUAAAACAAUUACAAAAUAACUUUAAGGAAAUGUUUUAUCAAUGGGGAUGAUAAUGAUGAUGAAAUAUUGUUAUAUAGCAUUCACAGUUCCUUGAUACUUGAUUUGAUUAUCAUCUUCAUCCAGGAUUUCAGACUUUGGACCAUGAAGAUCAAAUUGCUUUGCUGAAAGGGUCUGCAGUAGAAGCUAUGUUCCUCCGUUCAGCUGAGAUUUUCAAUAAGAAGCUUCCAGCUGGACAUGCUGACCUAUUGGAAGAAAGAAUUCGGAGGAGCGGUAUCUCUGAUGAGUAUAUAACACCUAUGUUUAGUUUUUAUAAAAGUGUUGCAGAAUUGAAAAUGACUCAAGAAGAGUAUGCUCUGCUUACAGCAAUUGUUAUCCUCUCUCCAGACAGACAAUACAUAAAGGACAGAGAGGCAGUAGAGAAGCUUCAGGAACCACUGCUUGAUGUGCUACAAAAGCUGUGCAAGAUUUAUCAGCCUGAAAAUCCCCAACACUUUGCCUGUCUCCUGGGUCGACUGACUGAGUUGCGGACAUUCAAUCAUCACCAUGCCGAGAUGCUGAUGUCUUGGAGAGUAAAUGACCACAAAUUCACCCCACUUCUCUGUGAAAUCUGGGAUGUGCAGUGAUGAGCAUUGCAGGAGCAACAGCAUCUAGUGAUUUAUUUUCCUUAUAAUAUAAAUCUGAUGUAUAACUUUCUUUUAUUUCAUUUGUACCUGGUUUCACACAAGAAUUUUGAUGAAUAUUUAUGCAGUAAUUAUGUAACUUCUACCAUUGUAAAUAUGAAGCUAGAUAGGAUUACUUUCUUUACAUUGUAUUUUACAUGGCUUCAGGGAUUCUUUCACUCUAAGUGGCAUGCCCUGUUUGCCUAAUCAAACUGAUCAUUCUUCACUUCUAUCUUUUGAAAUAGGGAAAAUUUCAUUUUGCUCUUUAUCUUACCUUGUUGCAUAUAUCUUAUAAAAGAGUUGUGUUCAAUUUUAGCAAUAAACUGAGCAUAAUGGCAACAGGCUUUUCUUCCAGAACAAAAUUUGAAAAAUAUACAAACUCAUUUCUUUAAAUGGUCAAUGACAUCAUAUGGGGCCCUGGGGUGGGGUGAUGGAUAAACUCUCACAGCACAAAUGGUGUUCUAAUCCUUGAAGAAGCC